AUGUCCAAAAAGUCACUCCAGGUCAUCGCCAUCAGAUCUAAAUGCACCUUGUCGAAGGUCGAGACCGAAGACCGUCUCCGCGCGCUAUAUUCCACCGACCACAAGCAACACAGCAUCCUCGCCACAUGCCGUGAGAUGCACGAUGAUGCUCUCCUCUUGUUCUGGGCAAAGACAAUCCUUAGGUUCGACAAUGAAGUCGCUCUCAAGGGCUUCGUAGCUCCUCCCUGGAAUUCCAAUCUACCACGAUCGCAGUACAGCCCUGAGAAGACCCAACAUUGCACUAAGCCUAUGAAGUCGAAGUACCACAUCAGAGAAGCUUCCGAGUAA